CAAACACACACUGGGCAUGCGUCACUGGAAUAAUGGAGGACUGUCUUUUCUACCCGGACUGAUGAUGUCUGUAUUUCUCCUCUUACUACCUGUGAUCUGAGAAAAUAACAACUCGUCAGCAUUUCGGCGUGUAGUUGAGGUCAAAGGAAACAAUCCCAAAAAUGACCACAGACACACCGGCCCAAAGCGUGGGCUCCAGGAUAAUGACCUUCACUCCCUCCAAGGAGGAGUUUAAGGACUUCACCCGCUAUAUUGCCUACAUGGAGUCACAAGGAGCACACAAAGCUGGAAUGGCAAAGGUUAUUCCACCUAAAGACUGGAAACCUCGACGGACGUACGAUGACAUCGACGACCUGGUGAUUCCUGCUCCCAUUCAGCAAGUGGUGACCGGCCAGUCCGGACUGUUCACCCAGUACAACAUCCAGAAAAAGCCGAUGACCGUCCACGAGUUCCGCAAGACCUCCAACAUGGACAAGUUUUGUAAUCCUCGAUACGUGGAUUUCGACGAGCUGGAGAGGAAGUUUUGGAAGAACCUGACCUUCAACCCACCCCUCUACGGAGCUGAUGUCAGCGGAACGCUGUACGAUCCAGAUGUGACUGAAUGGAACAUUGGCCGUCUCAACACCAUUCUGGACACUGUGGAGAGCGAGAGCGGGAUUAAGAUCAAAGGAGUCAACACACCGUACCUCUAUUUUGGCAUGUGGAAGAGUGCCUUCGCCUGGCACACAGAGGACAUGGAUCUGUACAGCAUCAACUACCUGCACUUCGGAGAGCCUAAAUCCUGGUAUGUCGUCCCACCAGAACAUGGGAAAAGACUGGAACGUCUCGCCAAGGGUUUCUUUCCAGGGAAUGCUCAGAGCUGUGAAGCCUUCCUGCGCCACAAGAUGACUUUAAUCUCGCCCUCAAUCCUGAAAAAAUACGGCAUACCAUUUGAGAAGGUCACCCAGGAGGCCGGGCAGUUCAUUGUGACAUUCCCGUUUGGCUACCACGCCGGUUUCAACCAUGGAUUCAACUGUGCUGAGUCCACCAACUUCGCCACCCAGCGAUGGAUCGAUUACGGAAAACAGGCAACACUGUGUUCAUGCCGUCAGGACAUGGUAAAAAUCUCCAUGGAUGUGUUUGUACGCAAGUUUCAGCCAGAUCGUUACAAACUGUGGAAAGCAGGAAAAGACAACGCUCCCAUCGACCACUCCAAACCCACGCCAGAGGCCGCUGAGUUUGUGAAAGAAGAUAAGAUGGAGCCUUCAAAGAGUCCCUGUGAGGCUGGAUCUGAAGAGCCCGCUACUCCUGUCCAGGAGGACAAAAGUCCAAAGCCUCAGGCCGGGACAAAGCGUCAGCUUGAGACUGUUGAAGCCUCAGAAGACAUCAAACCUGAUCUGACCGCGGAGACCGAGGAGGUGGAGCCAAAGAGGGUCAAGCUGUCACGCAAGGAAUCUCCAACUAAAGUUCCUGUCAAGCCAGAUAAAGAAAAAGUCAACCCGGAGCCUAAGAAGGAGAAAGACACCAAGCCUCAGACUAAAUCCCAGUCCAAAGCAAGUACCAAGAAAACUUCAAACAGACGAAGCCCUUUAAAGAAAGAGAAGAACGGCGUGUCGGCUCCAGACACCUGUCCUCCCGAGCCCGUUGAGAGCCAGGUGGUGGCUCCGUGCUCCGAGGACAACGACGAGCCUCAGCCGGGCAACGGCUGCAGUCCGGCGCACAAACUGUUUCAGAGGACGCUGAGCCCCGCGGAUGUCCUGCACGUCCACAGCUACGCCAAAGGAGACUACGGAGAGGGAGACGCCCUGCUCAAAGAGGAGAAGAAGAGCGAGGGUAGUGACAGCGAGAUGGAGAGGGACAACAGACAUGUUGGCAAAGCAGUUGCUGAAGAUAUGUCUGGAGAUGGAGAAUCGGAGAGUGAUCUUGGGCAGCUGCCAGGCCACCAUCCACUCAUAAAGGAUGGCAUGAGUGAUGAAGAGGCCCCCCAGGAGGCCCCCCGAGUAGAGGAGGGUGGUCUGGAAGGGGAGAGCUGGGCUAAACCUCUGGCUCACCUGUGGCAGAACAGACCUCCCAACCUGAAAAAAGAGAGGGAGUACAACCAGCGCAUGGGCUCCAAACCUCCAUACUGCUCCAUCUGUAUGCUGUUCCAAACAUACCAGCAGACCGAAUGUGGGAACAGUGUAGACGGUCCUGUCGUGGUGGCCGGCGGGUGGAUGCGGACCAAACCUCUGAUCCUAGAGAUGUGUUUCACCACCACCACAGAGGAGGACUCUGAGUGUGAGGAGCAGCCGGUCACACCUCAUCUAGAGGAGGAUGGAACCAGCCUGCUCAUCAGCUGCUCUCAGUGCAGCGUCCGUGUUCACACCAGCUGUUACGGCGUGGAUCCAGCCACUGUGAGCAAGGACUGGAAAUGUGCGCGCUGCAAGGCCAACGCCAUGACUGAGAAUUGCUGUUUGUGUUCGCUGAGGGGCGGAGCCUUGCAGAAAGCCAACAACAACAAGUGGGUACAUGUGCUGUGUGCAGUUGCUGUGCUGGAGGCACGCUUUGUCAACAUCACUGAAAGAAGUCCUGUCGAUUUAAGUGGAAUCCCUUUGCAGAGAUUUAAACUGAAAUGUUACUACUGUAAGAAGCGGAUGAAGAAGGCGUCUGGCUGCUGCGUGCAGUGCUCUCACGGCCGAUGUCCCACUGCCUACCACCCGACCUGUGCCCAAGCCGCCGGAGUACUCAUGCAGCCAGAUGAAUGGCCGUUUGUGGUCCAUGUUACCUGCUGUAGACACAAAGGCCCCACUCAGAUUGAGCGCAAUAAAGCAGCCAUGCAUGAGCUGACUGUGGGACAGAAGGUGAUAUGCAAGCACAAGAAUGGCCGCUACUACCAGUGCGACGUGGUGCAACUGUCUAAAGAGACGUUCUACGAGGUCAACUUCGAUGACGGCUCCUUCAGCGACAAUCUCUUCCCCGAAGACAUCGUGAACCGAGACUGUGCUCAGCUUGGACCCCCACCCCAGGGUGAAGUGGUUCAGGUGCGAUGGACGGACGGCCUGGUGUACGGAGCCAAAUUUGUGGCAGCUCAUGCUAUUCACAUGUACCUGGUGGAAUUCGAAGAUGGGUCGCAGCUAACAGCCAAGAGAGAUGAUGUCUACUCUCUGGAUGAGGAACUCCCCAAGAGAGUCAAAUCCAGACUGUCGAAGGCGUCGGACAUGAGAUUUGAUGGGAUCUUUGAAGAGAAGGAGAUCAUCCAGGAGUCAAAGAGACAGAGAGUGAUCAACUCACGUUACAGGGGGGACUACAUAGAGCCUGUGAUUUACAGAGCCAUCAUGGAGUAACCCUCACUCCCUGUCUGCUCACACACACACCACCAGCACUGACAGACUGAACUGUGCUCACUGUACCUUAACUUAGCAGCUAGCCACUGAGAGAGUGUAGCCCCAAAUGACUUCCUUCAGGACCCACUUCGGACUGUUCUGUUUUUUACUUCUCAUUCAUCCACCUUUGUUAAGUCAAAGAGAGUUCUGUUUGUUUUGUUCGACUGCGAUUUAGAUUGUUUGCGUUUGUGCAUAGGACUCCACACAGUAGGCUGACGUCGAGCCCUGGCAGUACAUAACAAUAGGAAGCAAUAUAAGAAUGGCAUUUGUUUAAUAAAGUAGCAUUCUGAUCCUAAGGCACCAAGGCUGGAGUUCAACUUUAAACUCCUCAUUUAAUUACUAAACAUUUCACUGAACUCUGCCACUUGUUUCCUUCAGUUUAAAGGAUAUGCUGCCAUUAGUGCCUGUGACACAGAGCCCGACAGAUAUCAGAGGUCAAAGUUUACACUCUUAUUUACAAAUUUCAAAUGAAUAGCCUUAAUGUAAUUACUUCUUUAGUUCUCUUCCUAAACACACUUAUAAUUAUUAAUGAUAUAAUUUUAAGGGGAAGGUUUACUAAAUAGUGUCUCGGAAUUAUAAAAAAGGUUUAGAACAAUCUAUAUAGAGGAAAGCAGCCAGCUUCAUGAUGGAAGAAGCUGGAACCAGUAAAUAGUUUGCAUUUCUUUGCUUGGAAAAUGACUAAAAAAUGAAUAUUGAUUCAUUUCCUGUUGAUUGACUAACCGAUUAUUGACUUCUGCUCUAAAAAAAAACCCUGAUACCUGCCAGGCUCCAUUUUCUGAGUCUAGAGUUCUGUCAUGUUAGUCUGAACCCAGCUUUAUUUAGGAAAGUGCACCACGUGAACAUAACAUACAUUUGAAAUAAGACAGGCCUUUAAACUAGACCUGACAUUUGUUCAGCCUACAAGACAAGGCCACAACAUUGCAGCAUAAUGAAGGACCCAAACUCUGUACAGUACUUUCUCCUUAGUUUCACUGUUCACUGUUAGCUGUUUGCUGUCUCUUUUGCUCUUCCUACUGGGCAUUGCAUAUCUCUAAAUUACAUUUAAAGAUAAUCAAACCAACACAAUAAAAAGAAGUCCUGUAUCCAACCUGAAAGGUGCUGAAUGGUUCAGGUAGCAGAUCUUUAGACCCAUCAAUGACCUCUUCAGUCAACAGCUCCAUUUACAAACCUUCCAAAAUAGUUAAAUAGCACACGUCAUUAACAGCUGUUUUAUCCUAAAGUGAGUUUAUAAAUCGAUGGUCUUUUGGAACCCGUCGACAUGGCUAGACUCUUCGCAGGCAUAAAUCAGAAACCAAAAUUGCACUGGGAUUAUCCUCAGAUUAAAGGAAUACUUCACCCAAAAAAAAAGCAUUGCAUUGGUUAGCUACUUGCCUUUGAUAGCCUGGAAUAAUGCACUAAUGUUUGUAGAUGAGAUUGAUGGUGGGGGAAAAAAAGUUACAGGUAGACAUACAAACGUAGCUGCCUUUUGAGUAGAUAUAUGAAUAUUUGAGAGUUUAAAUAUGUUUUUUUUUAUAGUGUAGCAUCCAUUUGUAAUCUUAUUUCAUAGUUCAGUUCCACUCAUAAAAACAAACACGGUACAAAAAAAACAUGACCACUUUUAUAAAACAGUUCUACCAAAAUCCUAGCAGCACGAUGAUGUUCUGAGAAUUAUUUGUCAGUUAUUCAUCACUUUUUGUCAAUAGACCUAGGAAAAUACUGACUUCUGCGUUACAAAACAAGUGCUUGCACUACACCACCUCGGUGUAUUAAGUAAUAUCCGCAUACAGUCUUGACAAGAAAACCAACACCUAUAUACGCUCGCCUUUUUAAACUUGGCCCAAGAGGCAGUAAAGAGACUUUUCUUAACAUUUCAUAGGACAUGUAGGAUUGCCUUGCCAAUACAUUAACUUGAGCUUAUAAUAUAUGGUACUGCCUAUACCAUCAAUAUAUAUAAAGCUGGAUGACUUAAUGGCUUUUCAAAAGUGAAGCCAAAACAUCUCAAUCACCCCCUGGUGGCUGGUUGCGGUACAGCCUGACCUUGUUGUUGAUCUUGGUCAAUUUUUUAGCUUUUCUCUGGCCUUCAACUGCAGCUUAAAGCUCUGAAAUAGUUAGUAAAUGGUCUUUGAGUUGAGGUUAUUCUCUAGUACAGACAUUUGGAGACCAAGACGUGUAUCAAGCAGACUUAAUGUUUUCUAAUGUAAAAAUAGAUUUGGCUUGACAUGCAGUUUUGGACACACUGAGCACACAAGUAGAAAACUGCAACCUCAGCAUGUCAAACUCCCCCCGCAGCAUUCCAGACUACAUGAUGUAACAAAUGGAUCCAAAAAUAAUAAUAUAUGGAUGAAGUAUUUCUUUAAGUGGGAGCAAUGCCAUUUAAACCACUGAAUUAUGCCUCAUCUUUAACUAACUGUUAACAAUGAACUGCAUUCCUUGACAUUAAAUGUAGUAGAACUGAAUAUAGCUUUUACACUUGUUUUUACCAGCCUAUUUAUUAAGGUGCUUUGAGAAAGUAGCCUCUGCGUUACAGACAGGAGUCUGCAGUAACACUGCGGGGGAUGAGGUCGAUGAUGUAUGUUCUAUUUUUUCUACGGUAUAUAGAUGAAUUUUAAAGAACCCAUUCAGAUUUUUAACACGCUUUGUCUACCCAGUUGUUUCCUAACUCUUCUACUGAAAGUUGUGCAUUGCACUUUUAUUUAAGUCCAGUUUGCGAGGACAUUUAAAAAGUGGUGUGCUGCCAUUUCUAAUUUGUUACAGACCUGUUUUAGAAUGUUAACUGUACAUAUAUAAAAUGUGUCAUGGAUUGUGCGCCCCUCCCUCUUGGCCAAGCUCAUUGAUCAUGUUGCACUUGCUACUGGAACAAGGUGGCCUUCAGACGUCAUCGUUCGCCUGUGAACUUGUUCUUGGGGUGUGAGACCGCAGACAGAGAGAUGCAAGGUUUCUACUGGUUGGUUGCCAAUUCAAAGAUCCUGCUUUCAUCAAUUCAGUGGAGAAUAAAUUUAUUUUAUUCAUAAAGUAUCAAUAGAGUUGUACAUGGGGAGGGGGGGAUUUUCUAUUCUAUUUUAUUGCGUUGUUUUGUAAAACAUGUUCUAUGUGUAUUUUCACAGAAUCCUGUGAAGUGUAAAUGUCAUGUAGUCUAUUUUAAGAUGUUUCCUGUUGACACAGAUGAGCUGUCUGUUCCUGUUGUCUCUUCCUGAAGAGAAAGAACUGAACUUCCAGAUUAUCAUUCAAGCAUUUUGUAAAAUUCAUUUGUUUGUUUCAGUAAAGAAAUUUGCUUCAGCGCUA